AUGAUUAGUGUAAAAGUGGUUGGCCGGCAGCAGCAAGUUCCAACAUAUAAAUGCGUACUUAUCGGCCAUGAGGGAUGUGGAAAGUCUUCCCUCGUCAAGCGCCACUCGACGGGUGCCUUCGUGCAGCAGUACGUUCCCACACGCGGACUCGUGGUGACUAAUCUCCAGUUCAACACAAACCGCGGCCCCAUUUGCUUUGAAACGUGGGAGGCGGAGUUGGGGGAGUAUGAGAAGAGUUCAAUUUCGUUCUUCAGGGACCUCAAGUGUGCCAUCCUAAUGUUCGACGUCGGCCUAAGGGAUCCCUUGAUUAACUUUGACACAUACUACUCGCUGUUCAAGCGGGUGCCUUCGUACGCUCUGAAAACGAUUUGUGGCAACAAGACCGACAUUCGCAUGUCCAACAAGAACCCGCUACGAUUGACCGUUUUCAGUUUCACAAAAAUGUCUGUUAAAGCGAACUCGAACAUUGACAAGCCUUUUGUGUACUUUGCCCGCAGACUGCUCAAGGACCGAACGCUGGAGUUCAUCCCGAAGACAGAUAUGUUGCCGGCACAAGUGAAGCUCAGUGACCAGGACUUGCUACACAGAAGGGAGUUGGCUUCGAAGGCCUUGGCAAACGAAAAAGAAAAAGCUAAUGACCGCUAA